AUGCUUUUCUUCUUUUUCUUCUUCUUCUUCUUCUUCUUCUUCUUCUUCUUCUUCUUCUUUAUAUCUUUAUUAUAUUUACUUUUUCAUAGAUUUUCCUUGGUGAUUUACUUGUAUUUCGGCAUAUUUCCCAAACCAAUAUUUCUUCUUCUUCUUUUUCUUCUUCUUCUUCUUUUUCUCCUUCUUCUUCUUCUUUCUAUUUUUCCUUUUCCUUUCUUUUUCUUUCUUAUUUUUUCCUUGGUUUCUUCUAAUUAUGCCCUUCUUCUUCUUCUUCUUCUUCUUCUUCUUCUUUUUCUUUAUCUUCUUCUUGGGUUUCUUCUAAUUAUGCCCUUCUUCUUCUUCUUCUUCUUCUUCUUCUUCUUCUUCUUCUUCUUCUUCUUCUCCUCCUCUCUUUUUAUUCUUUCUAUUCUACUUUUUCUUCUUUGUUUUACUUUUUCUUCCUUUUCUAAAUCAACUUACGCUCCAAUCGCCACUUUUUUUUCUUAUCUUCUUUUCUUGAGCAACAAAAUCUUCCAACCAUUUUUUCUUAUUCUCUUUAUCCGCCAACAUUCAACUCCCAAUUCUUUUUUUAUUUUACUCUCCUUUCUUUUCCAACACCUCCUAAACACCACGUCAAACUUCUCCAUUUCUUCCAACGUCUUACUUUUUAUCACUCCCCUUUCUCUCAAAAUGAAUCUCUUCUUGCUUAUUUCGGAUUCUCCUUCUGUACAAUUCCUACAUCUCUUUUCUUUUUUUCUUACUCCCAUUCCUUCCAAAUCUACACCUAUCUUUUCCUUUUUCUCUUAUUGUCCUUUCUAUCUUCCUUUUCCGACUCUUUUUUCUAUCCAAGCGUUAAAUCCCUGUUCUUCUCUUUCUCUUUUCCCACCAACCUCUUCAUCACACUUCUUCCUUUUCUAUUUCUCCAAGAUUCUCCUCUUUCCUCUUCUCUCUUCAUACUCUUGGAGAGAAAGAGUACGCCACACCUCUCUCUCUCUUCUUCCUUUUCUUACUUUCCUUUUCUAUUUCUUUAAAAUUCCCCUCCUGCCACUUCAAUUUUCCUAUCUCCUUUCUCUUCAAUUUCCAUCUCUCUUUUACUUUUGCUUACUUUCCUUUUCUAUUUCUCAAAGAUUCUCCUCUUUCCUCUUCACUUUUCCUACACUCCUCUCUCUCCAGCCUCUACCUCUCUCUUCCUUUUCUUACUUUUCUAUUUAUCCCAAAUUUCCCUCUCUCCCUUUUCUUACUCUCUUUUCUUUCCAACUGCCACCUUUCUCUUUUUUUUCUUACUUUUCUUAUCUAUUUCUCUUAAAUUAUUCUCGCUCUUUUCACUUUUCACUCUCUCCUUUCUUUCUAACCUCCAUCUUUCUUCUUCCUUUUCUUAUUUUCCUUUUCUAUUUCUCCAAAAUUCCCCCUCUCUCCUCUUUCCUUUUCACAUUCUUCUUUCUAUCCAACGUCCACCUCUGUCUUCUUUUUUCUUACUUUCCUUUGCUAUUUCUUUUAAAUUCUCCUCUCUCUUCUUCAUUCAUACUCUCCUUUCUUUCGACCCUCCACUUCUUUCUUUCUUUUUUCCUUUUCUUAUGUAUUUAUUCCAACUCCCCUCUCUCAUCUUCGCUUUUCCUACUCUCCUUUCUUUCCAACCUCCACUUCUUUCUUCCUUUCCUUUUCUAUUUCUCCAAAAUUCUCCUCUUUCCUCUUCACUUUUCAUACUCUCCUUUCCCUCCCACCUACACCUCUUACUUCUUCCUUUUCUUACGUUCCUUUUCUAUUUCCCCAAACCUCUACCUCUCUCUUCUUCCUUUUCUUACUUUCCUUUUCUGUUUCCCAAAAAUUCCCCCACUCCCCCUCCUUUCAUUUAUCCUUUCUCUCUUUUCUUCUUCUUCCUUUCUUCUUCUUUUUUUCUUUUCAUUCUUUUUUUAUUUUCUCCAAAUUUCUUCCCCCCUCUCUUCUUCCCUUUUCCUUACUUUCUUUUCUCUCCAGCUUUCACCUCUCCCUACUUCCCUUUUGUUCUCCUUCUCAAAUCUCUAUUCUACUCUCCUUUUACGUUUUACAUUACCUCGUCAGUUCAUAUCUUCGCCUCCUAAUCUACGAAACCCAUAA